GGUUGAUAUCCCUCGACUACCUCUCAUAUGCAAAUACCAUCCCGUCCAAGCAGUGUAGUGAUAGUUGAGUGUAAUCAGUUCUCCCAGCCUUUCAUGCGGAAUCAUGCAACAUGACAGCAUGGAAGAGCGGCAACGUAAAGAUCUCGUUCUGGAUCUCCUGAAGACGUUACCUCGGCAUUAUCAGUCGGAGAUCCAUGCUGCGUUAUCAGAAGGGUUGAGGCGGGAUGUCAUAGGUUCGAUACCACGAGAGCUGGCCUUGCAUAUCUUUGGGUUUCUGGAUAUCCCGUCUCUGUUAAAAUGUAGUCUGGUGAACAAGACAUGGCAGUCGAUCGCCAACGAUCAAGUGCUAUGGCAUCAUCUAUGUGAGGACGAAGGAAUUGCCGCCAAUCCCUUGACAUCAUGGCGGGACAUCUUUGCCGAACGAGAAAAGGUCCUCCGGGCGGAAGAAGAAGACGCCGAGAGACAGAACAGGGGCAAGAACAGGGACGAUUCGUGGGAUGACGAGAUCGACCUGGACGAUGAUGCUCAGGAUUUCAUGCCGAUUUCCCCGCCCACUAGAGUGUUUGCGGGCGGGAGCGUCGUCGUUGAGAGGGGACGGACCGCUACGGAUGGGACGAUCGCCUUGCCAGCUGUGGACCCGGGGCAUCGAAGACGACCUAGUUUCCGGACGGGGAGACAGCAGAGCGGGUUACCAAUAUUCCUCUUACCGGCCGAUAAUGUCAUAUCGGCUCAUAAUACGGCGUCAGCAUCGGCCUUUCCGGCUUCUCAACGACCUUCAACGACAUUCCCUAUCCUCUCGCAUUUGCCGGCUCCUUUCCCCCGUCCACAGGUCAACUAUAAGCACCUCUACCUCGUCAACCAGAUCAUCCGGGAACGAUUCAUCAAGGGCGACCAACGCCCACGCAUCCUAGACGCGGCCGUUUCGCUCAAGAAAGGCGGUCUGGACGGACAUCGAGAGGGCGUCUAUUGUCUCCAGGUGGUCAACCGGGAACUGUCCAUCCCGAUCAGCAACAAACAACCCGCUAGUCCUCGUCGAUCCGUGGAUGGGGCUACUCAGGCCGUCUCGAUCGAAGGUAGAGAAUGGGUAUUUUCCGGAUCGCGGGAUCGGACCAUCCGACUGUGGGACCUGAAUACGGCGAGAGUCAUCAAGAUUUAUCAAUCCACUCAACCUGAUCAGGGACAUACGGGGUCCGUACUCACCUUGCACGCCAGGGCCCACGAAGGAGAAGGUGGUAAGGGAAAGGGUAUGAGGAUGAUCUCGGGCGGUUCGGAUGGCAAACUCGUCAUCUGGGACGUGCUUACCGGGGCGAUCGAGGGCGAGAUCAAGGCGCACGAGGAUAGGCAGAGCGUCUUGUCGGUCAGAUUCGAUGAGAAACGGAUCGUCAGCUGUUCAAAAGAUCGCUCGAUCCGGACUUAUGAUGCCAAGACCUUGGAACCGCUACUUAUCAUUGGGGGUCCUUCGCCGAACGUAGGGGUACAAGCAGAGAAUCAUCUGUUACAAGCCGACAUUCCGGGACCGGAAGACCUGGAGGGUCAUCGGGCGGCUGUGAAUGCUAUCGCCUUGGUUAGAGACUUGAUAAUCUCGGCUUCGGGAGAUCGGACGCUACGAGUCUGGUCGGCAGAAACGGGCGAAGAGUUGACGCAGAUCAACGCGCAUAACCGUGGGAUCGCCAGUCUCGAUGUGGACCUGGAGACGGGAACGGCUGUGACAGGGAGUUCAGAUUGGGGUAUCCGGUUACAUCAGCUCUCCGAGUGGGGUUUCGACUUUUCUUCUCGCCGUCUAUCCAACUCGGAGGGUCAAGAAGAUCGGGCGUCAUUCGUCAGAGGGAAGAAGACCAUCGAGCCGGAACACCCGAACGGUCUGGAAUUCGUCACGGCGAAACAGUGUUGUCGGGACGGGAUGCAUCAUUCGAGGAUGGCAAGUAUAGGUCAGGGCACGGAAGACGGGGUGAACGAGGAUGCGGGGAUGGGAGCUGGGUCGAGGUGCUAUGUGUGUUCUCAUAGGGGGCACAAGGAGCUGGUCAGGUCGCUCUGGCUGGGGGAGAACGUGGUUCUGAGCGGGAGUUACGAUCAUACUAUCAAGAUCUGGGAUCGCAACACGGGUGUAUUACUAAACGAUCUUCCCAACUUGCAUGCGGGCCGAGUGUUCAGCGUCGUGGGAGACCGGACAAAGGCCGUGAGCACGGGUCUGGAUCAGCGAAUCAUCAUUUGGGACUUUGGGUAUGGACUGGAUACCAGUUUUGUAGAAAUGUAACUGUCGUGGCCGCUUUCUCUUGCCUUUCAUGUCUGACCAUGUAUCGAACACCCUCCGUAUCGAACGAACCAUGUCUGCAGCCAUCAUCGAUCCUUUCACGUG